AUGGUAGACCAGACCAAGUGCACCCUCAGCAGUCAACGAACGUCGACCGAGUCGAGGGAACGCCUGACCGGAAUCAGGACGGGGAAUGGCAUUCUCGUUCCAGGCUUGAGCAAAGCCUGCAUCAAGAACGUAGUGAAAGGUGGCGACAUCAAUCCCCAUCGUGGUGAUAAAAGCACGGUCGCUCUGGGAGUUGUAGAGGUGUUGCCAGGGUGUGUCCGCGCGGGGGUUGGGAAGAAGCUCGGCACGUACAAGGUAGCGACGUAUGGCAAGACGACGUUCAAGACGGCGAAGGUUGGAACCAAGUGCCUGAAGGAGGAUACCGCCCACGAGUGCAGCCACGAAGUCCUCCUCAUCUUCCUCCUCCUCCAAAUCCAUCAGAUCGGCCCAACUUCCACCAAGAACCUCCUCCUCCUCGCCAUAAUCCCCUCCAUCAUCCACCUCCGAGUCAUCUUCAUCUCCUAG